AUGGCUUCCACCCUUCACAUGCUACUCUCAACCCUUCUUUUCCUCUCCACAAUUCUUGAGUAUCCGGUCCCUACAACGCCGCAGGAGGAGUGUCCGUAUCCGUGCUAUCCACCACCCACUGGCCCCGGGAACAACCCUCCCCUGUCCACAACGCCACCAGUUUCCACCCUCCCUCCACCAGCUCCAGUUUCCACUUCUCCUCCUGCUGGAGUGUUUCCGUUUACUCCUCCAUCCCCUUAUUUCUAUGGAGCUGUGCCGCCGCCGCCGGAGCCUAUUCUGCCCUGGUUUCCGUUUUACUACAGGAAGCCACCCCAUCAAGAUCAGUCGUCUUCAUCAUCAGCUCUGGAAUCAGGAUCAAGAUUAAUCAGUUUUUGGAUCGUGUUUCCUCUUCUUCUUCUGUUUUGUUUUCCACUAAACUAA